AUGGUUGGUGACGUCAUGCCCGCACGACCAAAGUUGUACAAGGAGCCCAGUGCCAAGUCUAAUAAACACAUCAUCCAGAAUGCUCUGGCCCACUGCUGCCUCGCUGGAAAGGUCAACGAGGGGCAGAAGAACAAGAUCUUGGAGGAGAUGGAGAAAUCCGAAGCGAACAACUUCUUGGUUUUGUUCCGAGAUUCUGGCUGCCAGUUUCGUUCUCUCUACACCUACUGCCCCGAGACAGAGGAGAUCAACAAGCUGGCGGGCAUCGGCCCCAAAAGCAUCACACGCAAGAUGAUUGAGGGCCUUUAUAAAUACAACUCGGACAAGAAGCAGUUUAGCCAGAUACCAGCGAAGACCAUGUCAGCCAGCGUGGACGCAGUGACCAUCCACAACCACCUCUGGCAAACCAAGAAGCCAGCCACUCCAAAAAAAGUAGUGCCUGUCCAGUCCUAAUGGAACUCAAUUCCUGUAAACAUUGUAGUUUCUCCCCGGAGUGGAAAGACCCUAUUUAAAAUUGCACUUCACUGUACAUAUCCAUAAAGAUUCAAACACCUGCAACGCCAGUUAGAUGAAUGCAUUUUUGUCCUUUUAUACGUUUGUUUCUCCUGUCAUUGCACUCACGUCCUCGCUCAUCCUGCAUAAUCUGGACUGGAUGUGACAGAACUCAACAAUUGUGAACAACUGGAAUGUAUGACAAGGUCGAGGAAUGAUGUAAAUGUAGUCAUGUGCGUGUUUGUAAGGAUUGGGCAUGUUGGCGUCAGUUUUUUUCGAGGCUACGUCUGAGUGUUGUACUUGUUCUCCAUGUGCCAAACGUCAAAAAAAACAGACAGUAUGAAUGCCAGAACAGUUUACUGGGUACACUGAAGCACUGAAUGUUUUAAUUCAUGUACAGGUUGGUUUGUGUUUGCAUUAUCCUGUUGAUGUGUGGCCUUAUUUGGUUCAGCGUGAGAGUGUAAUGAGAUGACUG